AUGAAGAUCUCCGUCGCCAUCGUCGCCGCCCUGGCCUUCUUCGCUGCUGCCUCCCCCGGGAAGCCCAAGGGUUGCACCCCCGGCACCUACGCCUGCACCAAGGACGCCUCCAGCUGGCAGGUCUGCGACGUCUCCCGCAAGUUUGUUUUCGCUGGUACUUGUCCCCCUAAGACCGUCUGCAAGUUCUUCCAGCCCAGCCUCAGCCCCUACUGCGUCCCCUCCGACUUCGAGUUCCCCUAG